GGAAACUCUGCCCUGUAUUGAGUGCAGGUGAUGAUGAAUCUCUUUUUCUAUCCGUUUGGAUGCAAUGUAAAUUGUAAAGGCAGUAACUUUUUUCUACACCAUUUCAGCUCGGCUCUGUGCUUUCUGAAAAUUUGGACUUUUUUAUUAAAAAAUGUAAAUUGGGAUAAUUUUGCUGCUGGUCUUUGUGGGUUCUGACUUCUUGUGCCAAUAAAUAAAAAGACCCAAAUAAAUUUUUUUUUUUUUUUUGAUGAAAAAAUUUAAAAAAUUGGGUUGGCUACCCAUUCAUAAUUUACUAAAAAAAAAAAAAAAAAAAAACCGCUACUUUUGAAUUUGGAGGGGCACGAGUUUGUUUAGGCCAAAAGAUGCAGUGGUUGACCCUUUUCCUCCACAAAUUCAUUGACGAUGCUUCAAUCAUGUCCAAUUACAACCCAUUUGUUUCUUCUGACUAAUUCCAUCACCAUCUUGGAUUGUCUUCUUCAAUGGUAAACAUUUAUUCAACACCACCACCAUCAACAACUCCGACAAUGUCUUCCAUGCCCCCUCUUCAAUUGUCUGGUUAUCUCAGUGGAGAUACCAUCCAAGUCCAAGGCGACUCAGAGAAUUUGCAGUUCUCAUUACAGUUCAAUAUCCACAACAAACAAUUUUCCGACAACCUUAACUCUCCCGGUACAGUUGCAUAUAACCCAGAAAAGCAAUCAUGCGAAAAUUCAAGUUUUUCCUCGUAUGUGACCCCAAUUGCGGCUGAAGAACUAAAUGAUCAAAGUCAAUGUACAAACCCAUUUGUCCUUGAAAAUCGUAGUUUUGUGGAAGAGGUUGAUAGAUGCGAGAGUGAGACCAGACAGAACGAUGGAGAGACUAGUAGUACCGUUGUGACGAGACUGAGAAGUGGGGUGAUAUCUCCGGUUUCUUAUUUUCCUCGAACUUCAUCAAUUAGGAAGUUAAAGGCUUGCGAGAAAGUGAAAUCCUUGAAGAAAAGCAGAGGAAAAGUUGAUCAUCAUGAUGUGCUUGAGAGAGUGCUUAGGAGGCGUAGUUGUCCUAUUAGACCAUGUUCUUCUUACACUUUCUUUGUGAUAUCUACUUGGGAUUUGGUCAGGUCUCCUUCAUUUGGUGAAACAAGCAAGAGACUUAGUCGAAUGUGGUCCAAUCUCCCUCGUAAAUCGAAAAAGUUAUAUGAAGAGAUGGCUAUGAAGGACAAUAUUAGGUACAAGAAGCAAUGCAAGCUGUUGUGGAGCAAAUCCGGCAGAAAACUGAAAUGAGGUACCACAUUUGGAUUUGCUAGAAAUAUAGAAGAAUAUAGAUAGGUUUUCACUGUUUCAUUGUUUAACAUGAUUUAUCUUUUUCUGGUUUUCUACUUUACAUGCUGAGAUUAUUGUUGUGAGAUAUUGUUGAUUUCUUUUAUCUUUAAAUAAUAUAGAUUGUGUUCACUACAGCAGAUAAUUAUGUUGCAAUUUUUUAGAAUAGUGAUGUAACAUUGUGAUUUUGAAAUGCAUUUAAGUUCCACCUGAUCUUUAAGAGUCAUAUAAUCAAACACUGUAAU